AUGAGAGAAAUAGUACAUAUACAGGCUGGACAAUGCGGAAACCAAAUUGGUGCCAAGUUUUGGGAAGUGAUAUCCGACGAGCAUGGCAUUGAUCCAACUGGAACGUAUAAUGGAGAUUCAGACUUACAACUUGAAAGAAUUAAUGUUUAUUACAAUGAAGCAAGUGGCGGAAAAUAUGUUCCAAGAGCUUGUCUCGUUGAUUUGGAACCGGGAACAAUGGACUCAGUGCGAGCAGGUCCCUUUGGACAAUUAUUCAGGCCGGACAAUUUUGUUUUUGGUCAAAGUGGAGCUGGCAAUUGCUGGGCUAAAGGCCAUUAUACAGAAGGAGCAGAGCUUGUUGAUAACGUUUUAGAUGUCAUUAGAAAAGAAGCUGAAUCUUGCGACUGCUUACAGGGAUUUCAAAUGACACAUUCGCUUGGAGGUGGAACUGGUUCCGGAAUGGGGACAUUGCUUAUUUCGAAAAUUCGUGAAGAAUAUCCUGAUAGGAUAAUGAAUACUUUUUCGGUUGUGCCAUCGCCCAAGGUAUCUGAUACUGUAGUGGAACCUUAUAAUGCAACGCUUUCUGUGCAUCAGCUAGUCGAGAACACUGACGAAACAUUUUGCAUUGAUAACGAAGCUUUAUACGACAUUUGCUUCAGGACGCUAAAACUGACAACUCCUACUUAUGGUGAUCUUAACCAUUUGGUAUCAAUGACCAUGUCUGGUGUGACGACUUGCUUACGUUUUCCUGGUCAAUUGAAUGCCGAUCUUCGAAAAUUGGCUGUGAAUAUGGUCCCGUUUCCGCGAUUGCAUUUUUUCAUGCCUGGUUUUGCCCCAUUAACCUCUCGUGGAAGUCAGCAAUAUAGGUCGCUCACCGUACCAGAAUUGACCCAACAAAUGUUUGAUUCAAAAAAUAUGAUGGCAGCAUGUGACCCACGGCAUGGUCGCUAUCUUACAGUAGCUGCAAUAUUUCGCGGUCGAAUGUCAAUGAAAGAAGUAGAUGAGCAGAUGUUAAAUGUGCAAAAUAAAAAUUCAUCUUAUUUCGUGGAGUGGAUUCCAAAUAAUGUUAAGACUGCAGUUUGUGAUAUACCACCUAGGGGCGUUAAAAUGGCUGCAACUUUUAUCGGUAAUUCGACUGCAAUACAAGAACUUUUCAAGCGAGUUUCGGAACAGUUUACUGCAUUUUUGCAUUGGUACACUGGUGAAGGAAUGGACGAAAUGGAAUUCACUGAGGCGGAAAGUAAUAUGAAUGACCUCAUAUCAGAAUAUCAGCAAUAUCAGGUCAUUUACUUUACUAUUAUAUAUUGA